ACAGCGCUGGCUGUGGCGGAGCGGCGCGGCCUUGGCGGACUAGGGUGGCCCUGCAGCGGCUCGUUCAGGCCGUGGGUCGUCGCUGCAGCCACCGAGAAAACAGAAAAAGACGACUCAGCGGGCGAACUUGGCAAAGCAGAGAGGCGGGGAAGGGAUGCAUGGUCAUGGAGGCUAUGACUCUGAUUUUAGUGAUGACGAACACUGUGGAGAAUCUAGCAAAAGGAAAAAAAGGACAGUUGAAGAUGAUUUACUGCUCCAAAAGCCAUUUCAGAAAGAAAAACAUGGAAAGGUGGUCCAUAAACAAGUUGCAGCAGAAUUGCUGGAUAGGGAAGAAGCAAGAAACAGAAGGUUUCAUCUCAUAGCUAUGGAUGCUUAUCAAAGGCAUACUAAGUUUGUAAAUGACUAUAUUUUAUACUAUGGUGGCAAAAAAGAAGAUUUCAGGCGAUCAGGGGAAAAUGACAGGACAGACAUGGAUGUUAUACGAGAAAAUCAUAGAUUCCUAUGGAAUGAGGAGGAUGAAAUGGACAUGAACUGGGAGAAGAGACUUGCAAAGAAAUACUAUGAUAAAUUAUUCAAGGAAUACUGCAUAGCAGAUCUCAGUAGAUACAAAGAAAAUAAGUUUGGAUUUAGGUGGAGAGUAGAAAAAGAAGUAAUUUCAGGAAAAGGCCAGUUUUUCUGUGGAAAUAAAUAUUGUGAUAAAAAAGACAACUUAAAGAGUUGGGAAGUUAAUUUUGGUUAUAUUGAGCAUGGAGAAAAGAGAAAUGCACUUGUUAAAUUAAGACUAUGCCAAGAAUGUUCCUUUAAAUUAAAUUUUCAUCACAGGAGAAAAGAAGUCAAGUCCAAAAAAAGGAAGGAUAAAAUCAAUAAAGAUUGUAAAGAGUCAUCACAUAAAAAAUCCAGAUUAUCCCUUGCAGAAGAGACCUCUAAGGAAAUGGAUAAAGGACAUACAUCCUCAAAGAAAUCAGAAGAUUCUGUAAACAGAAACUCUGAUGAGGAAGAAAGUACCUCAGAAUCUGAACUUUGGAAGGGCCCACUACCAGAAACCGAUGAAAAAUCACAGGAAGAAGAAUUUGAUGAGUAUUUUCAAGAUUUAUUUCUGUGAGAUGGAAGAGAGAAGCCUACAUUCCUUAAUGUAAAAAUACAGUUUGAAAUGCUUCUAAGAAGUUUUAUAUGCAAGCUGCAGUUUGAGGGAUUUGUCUCUGGAAAUCAAAAUUCAGCUACUGUCAAGACAUCAAAUGCUUUGGAAGUUAAUUAGUUUUUUUGGAGACACUUUUCCCCAUCCUUUACAUAUUUCUUGAGUUGCUUAUCUACACAUCUGUUUCAUCUGUAGCUCCUAGAGGGUGGAGCUAGUACGCUGUACAGAGAUUCCAUUGUUCCUUGAUUUUGUAGGUGUUUCUUUUUCACUUAUUCAUAUUAAAAUUAUUAGGAUUAUUGGAAUUUCACAAAAAUCACAAAGUAGAUUAAGUAUAUCUUUGACUUCUUUCAUUUGAUAUACUGGCAUCCCUCUUUUGAGCACCUAUUUCCUAUUACCACCUAUUUCUUGCUGCCCUUUUCUUUCUUUCUUUUUCUUUUUCUUUUUGCUUACCUUUCUCUUGCUUCCUUCUUACCUUCUACCACUGAAGUGAGUCUACCACUGAAGUAAGUUAGUCAUAAUCAAAUUUGACUUUCCAGUGUGUGUGUAAUUCAUUAUAAAGUAAAUUAAUACCACAGGAAGCAAAUGAGGUCCCAGUAGUCUAAAGCAGAUGUGUUCACAGAAGUUGACUCUCCAGCAAGCUUACGCAGUAAGAAUUUAACUGAAUAAUAUAGUGUGCAUAGAGCUUGUCUCAGAUACAGUCAUGCAAAUAAUGGAUGUAUGCAUAGAUAUAUUAUAAAAUGUUACUUCUUAACUUGGGGCCCAAUACCCGCAAGAGUUAUGGAGUGUGUUUCAAGAAAACUAAGCAGCCCUAGAAUCUGUGUAAACUUCUGUGUUGAUGUGUGCUUUGUGAAGGGAAAGGAUCCAUAGUUUUCAUCAAUUUUCAAAAGGAUUUAUUGAUCUUUUUACUUAAGUAAAGACCCGUUUUUUAUAAGGAACAAAGAGGUAGAUAGAGGAGGAGAUGAAUGAUUUGAUGAAUAAGAACGAGGACAUACAGCAAAUGAUUGUAGUAUUCCAAUUAUUUUGUUGAAUUCAGACAUACUAUUUUCAAUUAUAUUUAAAUAUGUAAUG